GUCACCUGUGAUACCGUCUGCUGAGGCGUGCAUCUAAGCCUACCAUGUGCGGCACUGUCAGCUGAGCCGUGUAUCUAAGCUUCUCAGUGUUACGACCCCCAUCAUUAGCUCACUCAGAGCAGGCGGUGCCGGAGGCUCCUCCUGUACGUACGUACGAGUGACUAGUCCCACCUCCGGAAAUGGAGACGCUGCUGGCGCCGCUCCCCCUGGCGGCCAGUCUCCUGAUUACAUUACAAUUAAAUUUUCUGGUAGAGCAGCAGGAGGCUAGGUCGCCUUAUUGGAACACCUGCUUGAGUGGGUGUGGUAACAUGGCGGCCACUGAUGACGUCAGCGUGUUGCCAGGGUAACGGAUUAACGCUGCUAAGGAGAGAGCGGAGAAUGAAGACGAAAACUACUGAAAAAGCAGACACAAAGAGAGCGGCGGGGACCAGACGCGAGCCGGAGGGUACUGUCUGUAGACAGUCUACAGAGACAGCCUGACUCACACACUUCACCCUGAGACAUUCUGACUGACAUACCAACUGAGACAGUCUAACUGCCCUUAGAAAGAGUCUGACAGACAUAUCCCCAGAGACAGUCUGACUUUACCCCCAGAGACAGUCUGAUACCAAUACCCAUAGAGGCAGUGUGACUGACACAAUAAUAAGGCUGCCUGCUGAGACAGUCUGACUCCCCUCAGAGACAAUCUGAGUGCAAAAACUACCUGUAAGAGACUGGCCAUUAAAGACUGUAUUACACCAGCAGAUUAUCUGACAGAUAUCUCACCAAUCAUUGGUCAGGUGGCCGUUUACACACACAGAUCUUUUGGUAUACCAACUAUUGGUCUGAUUGGACAGAUAUUGGUGAGAUAAUCUGUUGGUGUAAUACAGCCCUAAGACUAUCCCCUCCUUGACAGACAUAACUGACUACCCCAUAACUAUUAUGUCUGCUUGUCAUAAUAACUACUACUGCAGUGACUGGUAUAGCUACCCCCAGAGACACUCUGUCUCACAUAACGUCCCCUAGAGACAGUCUGAUGUAACUGCCCCUAAAGACAGUCUGACUCGCAUAAUUUCACCCAAGAGACAGUUUGAUUAAUGUAAUUUACCUGAGAGACAGUCUAAUAAAACUAUCCACAGAGACAGUAUGAUGGCUUUACUGUCUCCAGGUAUAGUGACACUGACAUUACUACCCCCAGAGACAUAACCUCUCCUAGAUACAGUCUAAUAAAACUACAUGCACACAGACAGUCUGACUGACAUUACUGCCCUUAUAUACAUCUCACUGGGAAAAUUACCCCAGGACCGUCUAACCAAUAAAACUACCCUUUAGAGACAAUCUGACUGAUGUAAUUAUGUCAGGCUAUUCUGACAUAAUUGUCCAUAGAUACAGUCUGACAAAACUACCCCUAAAGACAUCUUGAUAUAGAUAAUGUAUAGGCAGUUUAACUAAUAGAACUAUUCCUAGAGACCACCUGAGUCACAUAAUUACCCCCAGAGACAGUUUGACUUACACAACUGCUGCUAAUAACAGUAUAACUUCCAUAACUACCCCCAAAAGACUGACUGACAUAACUGCCCCUAGAGACACUGUGACUGACAUAUCCAUCUCUAGAGACAGUCUGUCUGACAUAACUGCCCUUAGAGACAGUAUGACUGACGUCUCCAUACCUAGUCUGUCUGACAUAACUGCCCCUAGAGAAACUGUGACUGACAUAUCCAUCUCUAGAGACAGUCUGACUGACAUAACAUCCCUUAGAGACAAUAUAACUGACAUCUCCAACUCUAGUCUGUGUGACAUAACUGCCCUUAGAGACAGUGUGACUGACAUAUCCAUCUCUCGAGACAGUCUGACUGACAUAACAGCCCUUAGAGACAGUAUGACUGACAUCUCCAACCCUAGUCUGUCUGACAUAACUGCCCCUAGAGAAACUGUGACUGACAUAUCCAUCUCUAGAGACAGUCUGACUGACAUAACAUCCCUUAGAGACAAUAUAACUGACAUCUCCAACUCUAGUCUGUGUGACAUGACUGACAUAUCCAUCUCUAGAGACAGUCUGACAUAACAGCCCUUAGAGACAGUAUGACUGACAUCUCCAACCCUAGUCUGUCCGACAUAACUGCCCCUAGAGACACUAUGACUGGCAUAUCUAUCUCUAGAGACAGUCUGACUGACAUAACAUCCCUUAGAGACAGUAUGACUGACGUCUCCAACCCUAGUCUGUCUGACAUAACUGCCCUUAGAGACAGUAUGACUGACAUCUCCAACCCUAGUCUGUCUGACAUAACUGCCCCUAGAGACACUGUGACUGACAUAUCCAUCUCUAGAGACAGUCUGACUGACAUAACAGCCCUUAGAGACAGUAUGACUGACAUCCCCAACUCUAGUCUGUGUGACAUAACUGCCCUUAGAGACAGUGUGAUUGACAUAUCCAUCUCUAGAGACAGUCUGUCUGACAUAACUGCCCUUAGAGACUGUGUGACUGACAUAUCCAUCUCUAGAGACAGUCUGUCUGACAUAACAGCCCUUAGAGACAGUAUGACUGACGUCUCCAACUCUAGUCUGUGUGACAUAACUUCCCCUAGAGACACUGUGACUGACAUAUCCAUCUCUAGAGACAGUCUGACUGACAUAACUGCCCUUAGAGACAGUAUGACUGACGUUUCCAACCCUAGUCUGACUGACAUAACUGCCCCCAGAACCUUUCCUAAGCGCCACAGGAUAAAUUAAAGGGCAUUUAUGACAUCAAAAGUAAAUGCUACAAAUGUCUGAUAGGUGUUGGUUCCACGUCCAGGCCUCCCACUUGUCAGGAGAAUGGCAGUCUCCUUUUCCUCCCGAAUGAGUACUCCUGACAUCAGGAGGCCAUGCGUGCCAGUGUAGGUUAUGGGCGGUUUGGUAACAGCUUAGCAUUUUAAAACUCCCAGAAACUACAGUGGAGAAGUGGCACCUAUACACUCCUUUCUGGAUUACCAAACGGGGUCAUGGGACCCCAUACCCCUGAUACAUGGUGAACCAUCCGUGCUCCUGAGUGUGUGCCACUCCUUUUCUCUCUAAUAGUAAGGAUGUGGAGUGCCGCACACUGUAGUUGCUGGUGCCCGCAAAAGACUGAAUAGCCGUGAUCAAUAAUGUAGAUUUUCUCUCUAACAUAGAAACUAGAUUGGAGUAGUCAUACAUAGACCAGCAUGGGUAUUGAGGGUCUCACGUGGUCCCUAGAACGAAGGUUGUGCAUCCCUGGACUGUAUCAUUGUCUACUCUAACUGACCUGGAGUCCCCUGGAGAUAGUCUGUGAUGUAGUACUGCAAAGUGUCCACAAGAUGGCGAACUUCACUGCAGUAACACAUUAUAUAACUAUGCCCUAUGGGCAGAGAACAACAAAUUGAAUUAUGUAAUGUCUGCAAAUCUGUUAUUUCUAGCUAUUCUCAUGUCAAAUGCACCGUGAAUACACUGUUUAGACAUGCAGCCCUAUGAACUCCCACAGUCCUCAGUUGCUUGCCAGCAGUCUCCAUGACAUUUCUAUUUACUAUCAGGUUGAUUGGAGGUGAUCAUGAUCACAGCAUGUCUCAGAGGCAGAUGGCGAGUGGACAUCACUGUAUCGCCUGUACAAAGACCCUUACGUGUCACCAAACACACAGAAGGAUGACAGAGGCCACUGUUCUCAGGACAGAUGGUAAGAGCCCUACCAAAGGAAACAGCCAAAAAAAGAUGUCGGAUCAGCUAAGUAAGAGUUGUGAUAUGAAGAAAGAAAAACUGAAAAAAAGUGUCCCUAUGUUCAUGACAUAUACCAGGCCGCCUGUGUCCAGCCUUCACUCCCAAUGCAGACGCCUAGAGGAGGAGAAUGCCUACAUGCUGAGACAAAUAAUGGACAUGGAAGACAAGGCCAUGAAGAGUGCCACCCAGCAACUCCAGCAGUAUGAAAGGGCAGGGAGCAAUGUCCGUGCUGUGCAGAUUUGGACAGAUCAUCGAAUUCGAGACGCUCAACAGGAUCUGGAGUUGACCAGCGAAAGAAGAGAGGAACAUCUGACUGGACUGCGUCUUCAGCUGCAGAAUUGUGAGGAAAAGAUACAGGCGACCCAAAAAGACCUGCAACAACUGCGAGAGUACCGUGAUCGGGGGCAUUCAGUAAAAAUGCUUCAGGCUGCAGAGCUCGAGAGGCAGCUGCGUGUGUUCAGUGAGCUGCAUCAGGACCAGGCUGCUGAUGUGGAAGCGUUGGCGCAAACAGAGAUUGAAAAUUUGUUGGAAAGUCAUCAGAAAGUGAAGGACGGUGUGCUCCAGGGUGUAGUGGAGAAACAUCUGGAUUCUCUGCCUUUGUCUGUGAAAAGGAUGUGUCUUCAGAAUCAGGAGAUGAGGAGUGAAAUGAAAGCAUAUCAGCAGAUGAUUACAGGACUUCAGGAUGACAUUAAGAAGCUGCUGGAAACUGGAGAUUGUCUUCGUAAGUCAUGGAAAGAGGAGACAGACAGACUCUGCAGAGAGCUCCUGCUUAGCGUGCCCAGUUGUCCAGCUGAUGAAGAUGUAGUCCUGGAUAUUCCCCUGAACCAGCCAAUGUAUAUCUAGUGCAUGCCGCAGUCUGAAUACUCAUUACAACCUUCAUGCACAAGUACUUCUUAGACCGCACUGUUAUGCUGAACAAACCAUGGAACAUGAUGGCAGAACAAGGACUUUGUCUCCGUAAUUAUGUUAAGUUGCUAAAGAAUCCAUGAUGUGGAUGUGAGGGUAGAAGCUCAUGUCUCUAGGUGCAUCAAACAAAAUAAGAUCAUUCCCAAGUUAUUGUCCGUAGCAUACCUUCAAUAGCAGCUGACCACGCAACUGCUAUGGGGCCCGAGGGGAGGCAGGGCCCUGCGCUGAACUACUUCCUCUUCACAAUUUAAAAGCACUGCAUUUUCAUGUAAAGAGAUUAUUUACAAUGUAAAGAGAUUAUUUCAGCUUCCAGUAAAUGGUAGUUGUAUAAAUUCCUGUGCACUGAGCUCCCCCUAGUGGUGGCUGAAGGUAGACAGCUUUGUAAUACCGUAAAAGGGAAGCAGAUUUAUCUAGGUAUUUUUGUCGGUUGACUGGUAUGAAUACAUUGAAAAAUAUGAUGGUCAGAAUGAAUCAUAUUUAUGAAGCACCUGUUCCAUUUUUUCCGGAGGGAGGAUUUUUUAUUA